AUGGACUCCUCGCACGCAAAGUCUGACAUGACCGAAAUCUUACCACCAGAGCUCCUUUCCCGCAUAUUCCGCUGUUCUCGAUCGUGGUUACGAGAAGAGCACUCAUUCGAUGAGAACGAUGCCAGGGAAGAAUUCAUCGUCUUCGGAAACUCGACUUAUAUUCUCGAUCCGACGAAAUGCCCAACUUUGUUUCGAAUUCUUCUGGUAUGUCAUCGGUGGCGAGACAUCGCUUUGGCGGAGAGUCGCCUAUGGACCGACAUCAACGUCGAUGACCCCCCGUCGCCGUUGUUAUCUUUCAUGCUCGAGUACUCGGGUAUCCAGCCUCUUUCUUUCUCUAGUUGGACUCAGCUCCCUUCCCCGGCUGCUUCAGGAAGAUUAAAAACCGUCCUGAACCAUAUUUCCCGAAUCGAUUCGCUGUCUCUCGACUUUUCCGGCCACGAGCCGCCCGAAUAUUAUUCUCGCAUACUGAGUGAAUUGUUUUCUGCGAUUGUCUUUGAGCCGGGAUUGAAGACGCUGAGGAUUCGAUCGCCUGGACGUGUGGCCGAUGUAUUCAUACCUUCAUACCAAACCCUCGACAUCCCACCAUUUCCCCCGUCGCUCUCAUCCAUCACCCUCGAUCGAGUCCUACUAUCUGUCGCUAUUCCGUGUGAAGGGAUCACAUCCUUGCACAUCGAGAAAGCACCCCAACCAUGGGAUCACGAACCUUCAGCUGCAAUGUUGCAUGCCAUACAGAAUAUGCCCUGCUUGGAGUCGUUGCACAUCAAGUAUGACCGCAGUCUGUAUUAUGGUAGAUAUGUUCCUCCGGGCGAAACGAACACGAGAGUGCCACCCAUAUCGCUACCUCGACUUCGUGACUUCUGCUUCUGUGGCAGUCCGGUAUAUUAUCAGUACAUAAUCCCUUCACUGUCCAUCCCCGUGACUACUUCGAGAAACAUCGAACUGCGUGAAAAUUGCUACCACAGCGAACGGGCAGAAGAGGGAUUGGUCCCGCCGGUCGGUCAGUUAGACGGUGUUAAUGAUAGCACCGACGAACUCAAUGAUCACCAGCGAUACUUCAUCUCUGAUGUAGAGAACAUCCUGGCAUUUCGAAACUUACAGGAAGGUCGGGAGGAGACUUUCCGGGUCCAUUUCUCCUUACUUUUCGUGGAGGGCAGCUUUGUUUUGAAGGUCCUUGUCAUGCUCGCACCCAAGCGCAGACUUGGCUCUAGCACAUUUGAUGACGCAGUCAACGUGAAUGAUAAUGAUGACACUGCGCUCGUUCUCGGCAUACGAUACAAGAUGCCAUACAUGUCGAGAUACAUGUUCAACUCCUCGGAAGAGCUGCCAGUGGAGGUGCAGGACACGGUCGACAUCCACGCUACCAUCCUUAUUACAUUUAUUUCCUCCAUCUCUCGCGCGUUCCGCACCGACGCAGUCGACCAUCUUCAUCUCAGCUCGAACGACCCCAUCUUCCCCGAGCUGACAUCCUCUUUCGAGAGCGACACCGUCGCGAAGUCGAAGUGGACGCCAUCUUUUCUGAACUGGACGGAGGUUCGUUCCCUUCACGUCGAGGGUAGAAGUGCGACGGAAUGGAUCGCCCCUCACCUUUCGGAGACAAGACAAUGGGGGAAUGAGACGUCGGUCGUAGUAUUUCCGAGGCUCCAGGAGCUGCUGCUCGACAAAAUCGACCAAGCGUACUACUGCGAUCUCGACUGUUACGGCCGUCGUGAACUAUGGUCUCCCCGAUGGAACUUCGAUAUCCUCGAACUAGGCAAAAGUUGGGAGCUCGUGUUUCAGGUCCGAGCAUCGUGCGAGGGGAAGAAGCUGCAGGGCUUAGUCUUGAUUGAAGGAGUUGUGUGCGGAAGGUCGGAGUGGAACGAGUGGCAUGCCAAAUUAAGAAACGGAGAAUGGAUCGAGGAUAAUAAUAUCCGGUGGGUUCCGGACUGCAACUUCGACGAUCCCGAUGAUUGCUCAUCGCAUGGGGAUGAGGAAUGCGAGAAGAUCGAACAGUCAUGGGGUGGUGUAGACUGCUUGGAUUCAGAUUGGUAUAGGAGGAUUUGUGCUGGACUGUGUCAUGAUUUCUGUGCACGGUCAUUGGAGUAA